GUUGUGAGCUGGCGUGGUGAACAGUGAAAAACCAGCGAAAAAGGGCAUUGAAGCCGGAUAAAACAUACUGCAAACGCUUGCCAAAGCUUACACUCCCACCCGCGAGGAGGAAGUGUAUGCUCACUAGGUAGGUCCGUCAUCUGCCGGAACCCGCCGCCCCAAUCGGCCGCCAGAAGAACCGCAACCUCCUGUUGUACGAACCGAACAACCAUCCUUAGGAUCGUGAGUGGUGCCUCCCACCAAGGAGCAGAGCAGAUGGCACAGGCAACGGGAACGGCCACCGGCACCGGCACCCGCCAGCAGUCGGACGGAGGGGACGAGCUGGCGGCCACGACGCCCACCGACGACGAGAACCUGUUCAUCAACCCGACCGACGGGCUGCCGAACGAGCAUCCGGCCCUGCCGAGCGCGUACGACUCGGACAGCGAGUCGAACGCGGUGGCGGACGACGAUCUGCUGGACGAUCUGCCCACCUCGAUCAUCGUGACCAACAUCCACUCGGAGGUGUUCGCGGACGACGGGCUGAAGGCGAGCCUGGAGGAGCUGUUCCGCACGUUCUCGGACAACACCACCUUCCAGUGGCUGAAGAGCUUCCGGCGGUUGCGCGUCAACUACGACAGCGCGCUGGCGGCGGCCAAUGCGCGCAUCCGGCUGCACCAGUACCCGUUCGGCAAGUCCGUCAUCAACUGCUAUCUGGCGCAGCCGGUGACGCCCGUCUCGAACACGAACCUGAAACCGCCCGCCCCGGUCAAGCAGUUCCUCAUCUCGCCCCCUGCAUCGCCGCCCGCCGGCUGGGAGCCGGCCGAGGAGGGCGAACCGCUCGUGAACCACGAUCUGCUGGCGGCGCUGGCCAGCCUGACGCCGGGCGAAAGCCACGAAAUACACGCCCAGUCGGAGCACCAUCCGGGCAUCAUACUGCACACCGCGGCCGAGCAGCUGGAGGCGGCGGCGGCGGCGGCUGCCGCCGCAGCGGCCGGCGAAGACGAAACUUCGGGUGGUCGCAAGUCGUCGAGUAUGGGCAGCAGCUUCGAGGAUGACGAUCCGGAUAAGGAGAACUCCCCGGUCGGUGGUGGGACGAACGUGCGCAAGGCGCGCAUCAUGCAAACGCGCUGUCCCGAGCGCAAAAGCUCCACCUAAAUUUGGUUGUCACUGGCGAAUGAUGAUGAGGAUGACGAUGAUAAUGGUAUCGAUAUCGUCGUAAGAGAAGCGUGGAGGCAGGAAGUAGCUUGGUUGGCCACUGUUUGGUGAGUUUUGAUGCAGGCCUCCGUGUUCUAUGAGAAGGUAUAGCUUGGUAGAAGUUUUUUUGGGCCUCUCUGAUGUUUAGAAAGCAAAGGUGAGAAAGGUGCGCGAGGGGUUUGUAAAAAGAAGUAACGUUUGCCAUUAACCUCCUGUUUCCUGUUUUUUUAAAGCAUAUUGGUGGUGUUAGGCAUCUUCAAAGUGGCACACCAAGAAGAUAGUUAAAUUGCGAAUCUAUUUAGUAAUUACGUUUCGCAGCGAAAGUGUACGCGCGCACAGCACCAGCCUGUGGUAGUAUCGUCGAUAGGCUAUCAGUUUCCAUUUAUCUGUUUGCGCCAGUUUGCGUUGAAAUGGUUGCGUGUUAGAUAUUUACCGGCAUGUCGGAGUAUGAGUACGAAUUGUUCCCGUCGACAAAUUAGGCAUUUGCGUCUCUAUCAAUCAGAAUGCGUUUGGUCAUUGUACUUUUUUCUAUCGAUUAUCGUUAUACAAUUUCUUUAUUUUUGUUUUAGUUGUAAUGCAUGCGUCAGGGUAACAUACGCGAAACUCGAAACGCGAAACGAAAUCUCAAGUUGUACAUUAUUUGCCUACACUACAUAUACUAUCUUAUUGUCGAGAAGGUUCGCCUAUAAAAUAAAUCAGUUUCUACACUUUUCUAUAUAAUUAUCUCUAACAUCAUUUGCACAUUACGUCCAGUUCUUCUAACUAUAAUUGGUACGGGAGAUUUCCGGGGAGUUAAAAUGUUAAAGCAUCGUUUAAGAAGAAGGGUUCUACUGACUGGAACACCUAACUAUAUAUGUAGAAUUCGAAAUCAAAACUAUCAAGCAUAUCGGUAGAUACGGUUAAAACAUAUUGCAAUGCUGUCCACAAUUUCGCUCCAUUCAUUCGCAUCUAAAGCUUUGCGUACUUGCGAAGUACGGGAGGUUUGUUUUCGAAAUGCAAAAAACCGUUUAUGUAACAUUUGUACUUUUCGUCGUAAAAGUGCAAACGUUGCAUGAACGUCAUAGCUAAAGGAGUGUGAUCCUUUCCUAUCCUAGGCAGGAAUAAAAACACUAUUUUUUUUUAAGGGGAAGCGAUAAGAUAAAAAUAAGACUAGGACUUUCUUUGGACAAAAUAUAUCUGUAACAGUUAUCUGUUUCAUGUCCUAUUGUCGCGGCUCUUGCUAAGCCCCGCGUGGAUCACGAAACCAACAACUGUGCGAUGUGGUGAAAGUAAAUAAGAAGAGAUGCAUCGGUGUCUUUGUACAUGUAUGUGUGUUUGUGUAUAUGUUAAAGAUGGCAAAUGUUGCUGCCGAAUGUGUUACAUUUCCCACUUCCUCUGCUAUGUGUAGAAUUGAGAAGAAGAAAAAAAAACAUACAUGCAUAUUUAUGUCCUCUCUCGUUCGGACCCGACCGACGGACCGUCAGUUUCGGUAUCGGUGUGGCCAGACGUUUUAUAACUGUUAUAUCUAUUCGAUGCUGAGGAACCGGAAGGUUCGUUUGUUGGUAUGUGUAUUUGUGCUGAUCAGAAAUUUAUCCUAUAAUCGAUGGUUCGGUUUUUGGAGCGUUUUUCUAUAUAUUUUUCUAUUGCUCUCUUAUUGGCAGAGGCGUCAAACACUCUACACCCUGAGAAACGACAAUGCUAGUGUCGCCAUUUACCAACCACCAAUGGUUGAUAUCACUUCUGAUCCCGAUGGUACUCUUGUGUGUUUUAUUGUGCAAUAGACAUAGAUCAUACCAACAAAACGCCUUUUUUAAAAGGGGAUCGUUCGGUAUAGCAAAGGGCCACUAUAUAUACCCUGUAACCAGUACUUCCAAACAAUAGGACGUUUGUCAUAUAGUCAGUUCAGUCACGGUUGAUGAAAGCAUACAGUACAUAUAUAAAUAUUAACCAAAACCCGUGCGAUGCGAAACAUAGAGAAAACAGCAAUUUAACAAACAAAUAUACAUAUAUUUUAGUUAGUGCUAUCAAUGAAGAAAUAAAUUUCUGACCAGUGCGUGCGUGUGUGCUGUACACUCAAUGCAACAAAGCAUAGAAGAAGGGAAGCGAAUCUGCUGACGCAUUACCACUUGUUUUACAGCAAACAGCAAAAAACGUUUAAAAAGGACAUUGAAAUUGCAAUUGAAAUCCUAAAUGUGUUUCGCACCAAACGUUGUUGUACCACGGUGUGUUAUGCGUAAGGAGGAGGAGAUGCAUUAGUGGUAUCAGAAAUAGGAAUCAUGUUGUUUACGCAUUAUAACUCUGAGCAUUAUUGGACCGAUUUGCGACGAACGACGAGGGCGCGCCGGUGUGCUGGAGAGCCAGAAGUGAAGAAGGAUCUCGUUAAUUUUAUCGCCAAGGCAAAACCUACUAGUAGCGUAAUUGAUAGUGAAAACACAAACAAGUACACGUAGAUGGAACGAACCAGGAGUGAGAGAACAAUGGGUGUGUUUGAAGACGAAAGACUAGCGUAGAAGAAAUGAUUUAGUAGCAAAAAAAGAGAUAUCAAACGCGAGUUGGUACGUGAAGGAUCAAUUAUUAUUAUUGACGAAGAUAUUAUAUACAUAACUGUCAAAUAAAGUUUGAUAUAGAUUUAAAAUGGU